AAGGUUAAUUGCUUCAUUCCAAAGUGUAAGUAGUAGCUAGCUUUACGGCUUUACUAUCGAUCAUUUCUCUAUAAAAUCUCGCCAUCGCGCAUGGAGGAAUCAUAGCUCCAUCGACACAUGCAACCACAAAUGGAGCUCGCAUGGCCUCUCCUCCUCGCUGCUCUUCUCCUCCUUCCUCUGGGCUUCCUCCUGCUCUCCCAUGCAAAGGACGGUAAGGCCCGGCGCCGACUGCCGCCGGGGCCGGCCGUCGUGCCGGUGCUCGGGAACCUGCUGUGGGUGAGGCACCGGGGCAUCGACAUCCUGCGCGCCAUGCGCCGACUCCACGAGCGCCACGGCCCGCUGCUGGCGCUGCGCAUGGGCUCCGACCUCCGGGUCACCAUCUCCGACCGCCGCCUCGCUCACGCCGCGCUCGUGGAGCGCGGCGCCGCGCUGGCCGACCGCCCGCGGUACGCGUCCAGGGACUUCAUGGGCCUCAACGCCGCCACCAUCUCCACCUCCAGCUACGGCCCGCUCUGGCGGCUGUUCCGGCGCAACUUCGUGGCCGAGGUCACGAACCCGGCGCGGCUCCGGCUGUUCGCGCCGGCACGGGCGGCGGUGCUUGCUGAGCUCACGGACAAGCUGGGGCGCCGGAAGGAAGGAGACGGCAGCACCAUCGCGGAGACGUUCCAGUACGCUAUGUUCCGCCUCCUUGUAGCCAUGUGCUUCGGCGACCGGCUCGACGAGCGCGCCGUGCGCGACAUCGCCACCGCGCAGCGCGACCUGCUGCUCUACUCCUCGACCAAGCUCAUGGUCUUCUCAUUCCUGCCCGCGAUAACGACGCGCAUCUUCCGCAGCCGCCUGCAGUGCAUGGACGACAUGCGCCGCCGGCUCAAGGACAUGUACAUGCCACUGAUCAAUGCGCGCAGGGAGCGCAAGAAACUCGGCGCCGCGCCACCGGAGAUCAAGGAAGCUACGACGCUGCCGCACUCGUAUGUCGACACGCUGCUGGACAUCCGGCUCAACGACGACGACGGCCGCGCGCUGACAGACGACGAGAUGAUUGCGCUGUGCUCCGAGUUCCUCAACGCCGGCACGGACACCACGUCCACGGCGCUGCAGUGGAUCAUGGCCGAACUCGUCAAGAACCCGGCCAUCCAGGACAAGCUCCACGACGAGAUCAAAUUGACCAUCGCCACCACCGGCUCCGACAAUGUCUCUGAGGAGCACGUACAGAUGAUGCCGUACUUGAAAGCCGUAGUGCUGGAGGGCCUCCGGCGCCACCCACCGGGGCACAUGGUGCUGCCGCACGUGCCAGCGGAAGACAUGGAGCUGGGCGGGUACGUGAUCCCGAAGGGCACGACGGUGAACUUCAUGGUGGCCGACAUGGGCAUGGACGAGGGGGCGUGGGCGCGGCCGGAGGAGUUUGCGCCGGAGCGGUUCCUGCCCGGCGGCGAUGGCGAGGGGACGGACAUCACGGGCACGAGGGAGAUCAGGAUGAUGCCGUUCGGGGCCGGGCGGAGGAUCUGCCCCGGGAUCGGGGUCGCGACUCUGCACCUGGAGUACUUCGUGGCAAACCUGGUGCGCGCGUUCGAGUGGGACGCCGCGGAGGGGGAGGAGGUGGACGUCGACGGCGAGAAGGCCGAAUUCACCGUCGUCAUGGCCAAGCCGCUCCACGCUCGGCUCAUGGCUAGAGGGAUCUCUUGAUCGAGUGAGCGAGAGUGUGUUACGUGGCUUUGAUUCUACCGUGUCAACAUGGCUAAUUGUAGCUUUGUGUGUGUAAUAAUGAAUUAGUGGGGGCACAAUGGCGUUGCAUCGCAUGCAUUUUUAUAAGAUUGAACAUUUGUGCGUGCAGUAAAAAAAACUACAUUUUGACCGUUAAUAAUUCUUUACAUAUUGA